AAUAAGUUGUCACACAAAUCGAAGUUAUACUCGGUUUGUAAUUGUUCGAUCUUACAACAUUUUGUCGAAUUAAAAUAGAAAACGAAAGAUGAAAGUGUACUUGAUUGCAGCAUUUUCAUUCCUGGCUGUAUUUGGAGUUGUACAAUCGUUUACUUCGGAUGAAUUCCAAGAUGCUAUGUGCUCAAUACCCGACAAAUAUCUGUACAGAUACUUAAAUUGCACUAUUAUUCAUGCCCCCAAAAUAUAUCAAAAGGCAACCGAUAGUUUAUAUGAAUGCGUAGAUAGAUUUUAUGAAGUCGAUGGCAAAUUGGAUGCUCUUUUAACGUUUGCUUGUGACAAUAAUGUUCUCAGAGACAAGGAUAUUGAAGAAUGUUUGACUAAAAAAUUUAAGGAUAUAGGCAAUCCAGACAGAGAAGAUGUGUCAAAAAUGGAACAUAUUCUCCAAUUUUGUGUGUUUCAGGCAUAAAUCAUAUAUCGGAAUUACUCUGGUGUGAUUAUAAUGUCUAACAUUCGUACAAUUGUACUUUUUGUAUCCGAGCAGUUAAAGAAUUAAAUUGAUUAUGAAGCAUUAAA